AAACCGUGAAAAACAAAUAGCAUCAGAGCCUCAUGGUAUGGUGUUUAACGUUGAACCAGUUAAGAUGACUAUUUCAAGUGAACAAAAGAAAAUUGAAAUUGGAGAAAUUGGGAAUUUAGCUUCACAAGAAAGACAACCAGAGCGUAUACAGGUUGAGGAAAUGCAACCACAAGCAUUAAGUACUCAAGGAGUGGUGUUUGAUGAUGGAGCAGUUAAGAUCCUUAAAUCUAAUGGGCAGAUGGAAUCUCAGAUUGAAGACGUUGAGAUGGAACCUGAAGCCAGUGAGCAAUGUGGAUUAUUUCUCAUGCAGGGUGGUUUAGGAUUAACUAAGCCGCCAAAGGAUGAUGAUUGGAAGAACGCCAAAGAGAUUUACUUGAUGGACAAUGAGUUGUCCAUCUUACCUGAGAAUCCAAGGUGCCCCAAUCUGUCAGCUUUGUUCCUUCCAAGAAACUACAAAUUGAGAACGAUUCCUCUGUCAUUUUUUGAUUACAUGCCAGCCCUUCAAAUCCUGAACUUGUCCAGGACUGGUAUCAAGUCUUUGCCUGAUUCCCUUAUCAGAUUGGUAAGCCUCAAAAGACUGUUUCUAAAUGAUUGUCAUCGCCUCAUGACGUUGUCACCAAAGGUUGGAAAUCUCAAGCUGCUUGAGGUUCUUGAUCUUGAAGGGGCAAAGAUUAUGGAUUUACCUAUGGAGAUUAAGGAGCUAACUAAUAUGAAAUGCUUGGAAGUUUCAUUUUACGGAUAUAUGAGUAAUGGUAGGAGAGCCAUGCAGUCAAAUGCAGUGGUUCCUGGUGGGGUAAUUUCUGCAUUGUCUCAGUUAGAAGAAUUGAAUAUUGAUGUGAAUCCAGAUAAUGAGCAGUGGGAUGCACAUGUGGAAGAUAUUGUUACUGAAGUAUGUACCUUAAAGAAGUUGGAAACUCUUAAAUUCUAUUUUCCAAGGGUGGAACUUUUGAGGCACUUUCAGUGGAAUAGCCUAUCACUGUCUCAUUUCAGAUUUACUGUUGGUCGCCAUGUUAAGCGCAUUAUGUCUAGAGUCCCACUUGAUGUUGAAUUUGAGCUAGAACGAUGGGAGAGAUCCUUGAGAUACAUAAAUGGUGUGGGUGUCCCUAGAGAUAUUAAAAAGGUACUCCAACAUGCCACAGCAUUUUUCUUAGACAGGCAUGCAACUGCUAAGAAGCUAUCCAAUUUUGGGAUUCAAAAUAUGGAGAAACUAAAAUGCAUAGUUAUGGGGGAAUGUAAUGAGCUUCAAGUGAUUAUAGAUGAAGCAGAUGGUUAUGAAGGGGAUGAUUGCAACCAAAAUGUAUCUAAAUCCUAUGGUACUGAAAAAAAUGUUCUUGGAUCACUUGAAUACCUGUAUGUGUAUUAUAUGAAGAGUUUAAGGGGCAUAUGGGAGGGGUCGGUACAGCAAAAUUCUUUGUUUCUUCUCAAGUCCUUGACAUUGCGCACAUGUCCCCAGUUGACCACUAUUUUCACACAAGGGUCUAUUAAUAACCUAUGCAACUUAGAAGAGCUUAAAGUUGAAGAUUGCCCCUCUAUCAAAAGCAUAGUAUGUUGCGACAUUCCUGCUGAGCAUAAGACCUCUUAUUUUCUCCCAAAAUUGAAGAAGAUUUCACUUCAUUACAUGCCUGGAUUAGUUAGCAUCUCUGGUGGUUUACGCAUUGCACCAAAGUUAGAAUGGUUGAGUUUUUAUAAUUGCCCAAAUCUUAAGAAUCCAUUAAUCGAUGAAGUAUUUAGUCAAGAUUUGAAAAAGAUAAAGGGUGAGAGGAGUUGGUGGGAAGCAUUGGAGUGGAGCAACAGUUGUCCGGGUAAUUUGGAUGAAAUUUUUGUUCCAAUUGACAUAUGAAAUUGCUGAACAAUUGAAAUAUUCCCUAAUCAGAUUUUGUCUACGCAUUGACUUGUGCAAGAUCAUUGGUUUAAUGUCAAUGGUAGUAUAUAUAACUGAUUAUCAAAAAAAAGAUAGUAUAACUGAGGCAUCCAUGGACCGCAUUCUAUUUGUUCUGCUCAUAUUCCUGUAGUCCUGUAGCAGCUAUGGCGUUUAGACCCUACUUACAUUGAAUAUAGUCCCUCUAGCCUGAUCUUUCUCA